AUGUCUCCGGCGACGACCGCCAUCGUGGGGCCGGGUGGAAACUACCAGACGGACCGGGAGGUGAGCGAUGUGGACGACCCCGACUUGGGGGCGGCUGCCCUGGAGGACGAUGCCAUAGGCGGCGGCGGCGUAGUAGGCGGCUCUGAAGACGGAGGCGGCCUCGAGACCUGGCCCGACGAUGAUGAUGAAGAGGACGAGCCGCGCCAUGCGCGAGGCACCGGCAAGGCGGAUGCGGGCCCCUCCGUCGAGUCGGCUGCUCGAGGCGGCACGCGCAAGCGUAAACAAGGCGUCGUCUUGUUCGGCAGCGCGCCGAAGAAGACCAAGAACCCGACCGCCGCGACCAGGAGGAAGGAGGCCGCUGCAAAGGCGGCCAAGUUCCAGAAACUUCCGAAGGCGCCUCCUAUGGUGUCCGCGGCCCCGCUCUCUCUUGAGAAGCCGGCCGCCGCCUCCGUCAUUGGGUCGGCGGAGACCUCUACCACCACCCAGCGAAUCGACCCUACAGCCGACCUCCGGGAGGCGCAGGAACGAAACAUGCGGGAGGCACGCGAGGAGCAGGAAGCCGCCCGCAGGGAGAAGGCGGAGGCGGACAAGGCGGAGGCAGCCGCAUUGAAGAAGCUGGCGGAGGCUGAAGCCGAUUUCGCGGCGAAGAAGCUGGCUGAAGAAGCCGCACGCCGUCAGGCGCCGCUAUUCGUCAUUCCCUUGAACUCCGUGCCGCCACCACCAGAGUUCACGGCGCCGACUGGGGGAGCCGGCGAUGAACAGCCGGUCAUGGAGAGGGAAGGCGGCGAUGUCGUCAUGCCGGAGGCGGACGUGCCUCCACCACCGCUGUCUCAAGGAGCGCAGGAAAACCGGCAGGCUGGCCCGCUAGUGCAGCCAGCCGGUGGCGAGAUGGCGACGGGCCCGACUCCUGAGGCCCACACACCAUCACGCCGCCGAGGCGCGAAAACGACCUCGGUGCCACGAUCGCUGGAAGCUGGCGCCGCGAGCUUGUCAGUCCCGGAUGCCGAGGAAACCAGCGCCGCGCCCACUGAAUGGGUGCGUGGAGGCGGGACGGGCGCUUUAAAUCGAGCGGUCCUAGACGUCCAAGCCAAACUCCGAGCUGAGGCCAUCGCUCUUCAGCAGUGCAACAGGGCGUUCAUGGAUUCACGAGCGGCCAUUCGGGAUUAUCAUAACCUUCGCGCGACCACCUUUAACUCCAAUGUCCGAGAGCUGGACCAACGGACCGCCGACUUGUCGAAAAGCCGGAAGGCCAAUGCUGUCUUGCAGCAACAGCUGGGUGAAGCCAACACCGCGUUGCGUGCCAAGGAGAUAGAGCGCAGCGAGCUGGCCCAGGAGCAUGACCGACUGGCCAAGCAACUGGCGGAGCAGGCGGAGCUUCUCCAGAAGGCCCGGAAGGAGGCGGAGGUGAAAGAGUCCAAUCUCCUCGCCGAGUUCAAGACCGAACGCUCCGCCUGGGCCGACAAGGAGGCGUUGCUGACUGCCGGCUUCGGCAGGAUUGAAGACAUGGUUGAUGACUUCUUCCCUGGCCACUCUAGCGCCGCCAACCAGGCCAUUGAGGCUUAUCAUGAAGAGCGGAGGGCGGAAGGUGCUGCAGAUCGCUGCAGACGCCCCCGGACCCUUAGCGAACAGCUUCUCAGCAUCCAGGCCAUCUUCGGUCGGCUCAUCGGAUGUUGCGCUGAGGCCCAAGAGGAGCUGGUGGCGGUGGAGCGCGACCUUGUCAGACGGGCAGCGGCGAUCGCCGAGUACACCAACACCAGCAUCUUCGUUCUUGAGCUGGCUGAGAACGGUGCCGAGGCGCCACCGGAGUGGUUCGGGCUGAACCCGGAGGAUGACGAGGACUCAGCCGAGAUGAUCGACUCCAGCGACGAGGGAGAAGACGAGGAAGACGAGGAAGGCGAAGAAGAUAUGCCAGAGGUUGGAGCGGACGGCCAGCCUUAG